AUGCGGACGUCAGCUGUAGUUGAUUUUUCUGAUGAAUUCGCUUCAACAUGCACUGGAAACUUAAACGGGCCAACGAAUUAUGCGACUGGUGUUGGAUUAACACCCGUGUCUAUAGCAUUGGCAAAUCUGGAUGGUGCUGGUGGUACCGAUACUGCUGUCGCAUAUAAAGGUUCAAACAACGUUGGUAUUUUACUGAAUGAUGGUACUGGGAGAGCUAGUGUUGAAACAUAUUUGACAGCUGGUACUGCACCGGCGUCUGUGUAUUCAGCGGACUUAGAUAAUGACCUCGACAUAGAUAUUGUUGUUGCAAAUAGUGGUUCAAACACCGUUGGCGUUUUCCUAAAUAAUGGUGGUGGCACAUUCGCUGCUCAAGUAUCGUAUACAGUUGGCACUACACCAAUGUCCGUAUUUGUAGCCGACUUAAAUGGUGAUGGAGGCAACGAUAUUGUUGUUGCAAAUAGUGCUUCAAACACCGUUCAGGGUAAUGGUGCUGGCAUAUUCGGUGCUCAAACAGUUUUUGGAACUAUCGCUGGAUUAACACCGAUGUCUAUAGUAUUGAAAAAUCUGGAUGGCGACAGUGACUUAGAUGCUGUUGUCGCAAAUAGUGGUUCAAACAAUGUUGGCGUUUUACUGAAUAAUGGUGCUGGCACAUUUGUUGUUCAAGCACCGUUGGCAGCUGGUACUACACCGGCAUCUGUGUAUGCAGAGGACUUAGAUAAUGACGGCGACAUAGAUAUUGUUGUUACAAAUAGUGGUUCAAACACCGUUGGCGUUUUCCUAAAUAAUGGUGGUGGCACAUUCGCUGCUCAAGUAUCGUAUACAGUUGGCACUACACCAAAGUCCGUAUAUGGAGCCCUCUUAAAUAAUGACGCCUUCAUCGAUAUUGUUGUUGCAAAUAGUGCUUCAAACACCGUUCAGGUUUUACUGAAUAAUGGUGCUGGCGGAUUGACUGCUCAAACAGCUAUUGCAGUUGGUACUACACCGUCAUCUGUGUUUGUAGCCGACGUGGAUAAGGAUGGCGACAACGAUGCUGUUGUCGCCAAUAGGGGUUCAAACACCGUUCAGGUUUUACUGAAUAAUGGUGCAGGCGUAUUGACUGCUCAAACAGCUAUUGCAGUUGGUACUACACCAACGUCUGUGUUUGUAGCCGACGUGGAUAAGGACGGCGACAACGAUAUUGUUGUCGCCAAUAGUGGUUCAAACAACGUUGGGGUUUUACUGAAUAAUGGUGCUGGCGUAUUUGCUACUCAAGUAGUUUAUGGAACUCUUGCCACCUCAACACCGCAGUCUGUAGUAGUAACCGAUGCGAAUGGUGACGGGAAACUUGAUAUUGUUACCGCGAAUAGUGGUACAAAUAACGUUGGUGUUAUACUGGGCAAUGGUGAUGGCUCAUUUGCUGCUACUCCAGUAACCUAUGCAACUGGCACUGGCACACUACCGGUGUCUGUAGUA